GUUUUCCAGCCCCAGUUGGAGUUAAUCAGGUUGAGGAGAAGAGUUCGCUGUCGUGUGGCUGUGAGGAGUUUUAACUCCAUUCUGCUGGAAAGACUCAGGGGUCGCCACAGCGGAUCUUUCGUCUCCAUUGCUCCCUGUCUUCCGCGUCCUCCUCUACCACACCUGCCACUUUCAUGCCCUCUCUCACCACAUCCAUGUAUCUCCUCUUUGGCCUUCCUCGUUUUCGUUUGCCUGGCAGCUCCAUCCUCAACAUUCUCCUUCCAACAUGCUCUUCAUCUCUUCUCAGGAUGUUCCCAUACCAUCUCAGUCUCAUCUCUCUUAGCUUCAUUCCCAAGCUCUCCACAUGUGCCGUCCCUCUGAUGUGCUCGUUCCUUAUCCUGUCCAACCUCCCAUCGCAAACCGUAACAUCCUCAACUCCGCCACCUCCAACUCCGCCACCUGUCUCUUCGUUAAGGGUACGGUCUCCAAUCCAGAUAUCACAGCUGGUCUCACUACUGUCUUAUACAUCUGACCUUUCACUUUUGCUGGGACUUUCCUAUCACAAAUGACUCCCGAAAUCCUUCUCCAACUGCUCCACCCUGCCUGCACACACACUCUCACUAUCACACGUUUUCCUGCACAGUUGACCCCAGAUGUUUUCUAAUGGACUCAGCAAAAGCUGGACUGUGCCCUGAGAGAGAAACUUCACACACUCCUGCUGCGCAGCACUUACAGCAUUCUGAAGAUGUGAAUACAGAAACUUGUGCCACUGAUGAGGAGAGAUGCUAUGUGAAACACCUCACCCCCCUCUCUAAAGAGAUUGUGACGUUCCUGAAGAAACCUAUAAAAGAGGAAAAAUCUGGAGAUGAAGACCUCUAUGGAGGUACAUCAAACUCUGUGAGCUGUAUCACCCCUGUUGACCAGCAGGAUGGAGAAUUCCAGAUGAAGCCUCUAAAAAAGGAGGAAGCUGAAGAUGACUACUAUCUCUACUGCGAGGAUUGCAGGUCAUUCUUUAUCAACAAGUGUGAGGUUCAUGGUCCGGCUCUCUUCAUCCCUGAUACCACUGUUUCCCUGGGAGUCCCAGACCGAGCCAGGCAAACACUUCCACCUGGUCUAGAGGUCCAUGAGUCCGGUAUUCCUGAUGCAGGUCUGGGAGUGGUCAAUAUGGGAGAGACCGUUCCAGUUGGUGCGCACUUCGGCCCUUAUCAGGGAGACUUGGUAGAGUGUGAGGAAGCUAUGAACAGUGGCUACUCCUGGGUGAUAUACAAGGGAAGACAGUCUGAGAGAUAUAUAGAUGCCAGCAGUGAGAUGCAUGCUAACUGGAUGAGGUAUGUGAACUGUGCUCGAGAUCAUGAAGAGUGCAAUCUUGUGGUAUUCCAGUAUCGAGGGGGGAUUCUAUACCGCUGCUGUCAACCAAUCAAACCAGGACAGGAGCUUUUGGUGUGGUACACGGAGGAGUACACGAACAAUCUCAGCACUGCAUUUGAAGAAAUCUGGAAGAAAAAGUCCUCUCCACUUGGCGAUGAAACGAACAAUGCUUUGUGUCCACUUUCCUGUACGUCUCAAAUUUACCGUCACAAACCCGUCAAGAGAUGCCAGAAUGAAGAGGACGUGAGAAUGCUGAAAUCAGAAGAAAUUACUUGUAAUACUUUGAAAUCAGGAAGUUCCAGGUGUCAGAAAACUGCACCUGAUAUUCGCCAUACCACGGUCUCUCGUCGCCAAAUGCAAAAAGGACUUCAUUGCAAAGAUUGCGGGAAGAGGUUUAUUCGUCAGGGUAAUCUCAAACUACAUCAGCGCAUUCACACCGGAGAAAAGGCUUAUCCCUGCUCACAGUGCGGAAAGAGUUUUACACAACUAAGUCGCUUCCAAAUUCACCAGCGCAUUCAUACAGGAGAGAAGCUGUAUCAGUGCUCCGAAUGUGGGAAAAAAUUUAAUCGAGAACGUACUCUGCAAAUCCACCAACGUAUUCACACAGGAGAGAAACCGUUUCACUGCUCACAGUGUGGAAAGAGUUUUAGUGAGCAACGUAACUUCCAAGCUCACCAACGCAUUCACACAGGAGAGAAGCCAUAUCUCUGCUCUGACUGUGGGAGGAGUUUUGCUCAACACAGUACUCUCCAACGACAUCAGCGCAUUCACACCGGAGAGAAGCCCUAUCACUGCUCGCAGUGUGGAAAGAGUUUUACACAACAAGGUGCUCUCCAGCGACACCAACGCAUCCACACAGGAGAGAAACCGUAUCACUGCUUCUGGUGUGAAGAGAGAUUUAUUCAACAGGGUAGUCUUCAACGACAUCAGCUAAUCCACACGGGAGAAAAACCUUAUCGCUGUCUACAGUGUGAUAAGGGUUUUACUGAAAGAAGUGAUCUGAAGAAACACAAACGUGUACACACAGGAGAGAAGCCGUAUCCUUGCUCUGAGUGUGGCAAACGUUUUACUGAGAGUGGUGCACUUAAAAAACACCAGCGCAUUCACACGAGAGAAAAACCAUAUUCCUGCUUGCAGUGUGGAAGGAACUUCAAUUUCUCAAGCACUUUCAGGAGACACACAUGCACGAACACAGACAAGUUGUUGGGUUGAUGAGAUGUAUGUAAAGUUGUUUUUUUUUUUUUUUUUUUCCCCAUAUUUACAUUUUAACCUCCUAAGGCCCAAGCUGUUUUUUUUACAUGCAUUUUUUAAUUUCUCUUUGCUAUUUGGGCUUAUUAGAACCUGAUUAGAAUAAAAACUAAGCAUCAUCUUUUGAUAAGAUGUACUUUUAGAGAAAAAGUAUAUCCACAUAUGUGGAUUCUUGUUCCGAAUUUCUAAAAAGUGCUGUCCACGCAUGUGACCGCUAAGCCCUAGGAGGUUAAAGAAAAUAUCUCGCAAAUAAACAAAUUGAGCUAAAAGUCA